AUGGUGAUUAGCGAUUUAUUGUUUGAUAAUCCCAUUUGGAUUACUCGCACUAAAGAUGUUGGUAUUGUUAGCGCUGAAGAUGCUAUAGAUUUGGGAUUCUCGGGGGUUAUGCUUCGUGGGAGUGGGAUUAAAUGGGAUUUACGUAAAACACAACCUUAUGAUGCCUAUGAAGAUAUGGAUUUCGAUGUACCAGUUGGUGUUCAUGGUGACUGCUAUGAUCGAUUUAUAGUACGUAUGGAAGAAAUGCGUCAAUCAUUGCGUAUUAUAGAACAAUGCCUUAAUAAAAUGCCCAAAGGUGAGAUCAAAGUGGAUGACGCCAAAAUUUGUCCACCUAAACGUGCUGAAAUGAAAAGUUCUAUGGAAGCUCUUAUUCAUCAUUUCAAAUUAUUCUCAGAAGGUUACUUGGUACCACCUGGAUCGACGUAUACUGCUAUUGAAGCUCCGAAAGGUGAAUUUGGAGUUUAUUUAGUCUCCGAUGGUACAAACAAACCAUACAGAUGCAAAAUUAAAGCUCCAGGCUUUGCUCACUUGGCGGCAAUAGAUAAACUUUGUCGGGGUUUUAUGUUACCCGAUGUAGUCGCAGUUAUAGGUACUUUGGAUAUUGUAUUUGGGGAAGUGGAUCGAUAG